CCUGAGGGCUCUCCCGGCAGCGCGUUCCCUUCCCCGCCCGCCGUGCGCUCUGUUACGGCUCCGGGGAGAAACGCGGGAGGGUAUGGCGGAGCCGCCGGAAGCGGCGGAAGAGUUCCGCGGGCGGACUCAGCAGGGCGGAAGUCGCUGAGGCGAACGGGGGUGGCGGCGGCAGCGAGCGACGAUGAACAACAAAUUCGACGCAUUGAAAGAUGAUGAUAGUGGAGACCAUGACCAGAAUGAGGAAAAUAACACACAGAAAGACAGUGAGAAGGAAAAGAAUGAUCGUGAGAAACCACAGAGUACUACCAAGAGGAAGGCUGUGGUGCCGGGGCCAGCCGAGCACCCCUUGCAGUACAAUUACACCUUCUGGUACUCGCGGCGCACGCCCGGGCGGCCCACCAGCUCGCAGAGCUACGAGCAGAACAUCAAACAGAUCGGCACCUUCGCCUCCGUGGAACAGUUCUGGCGGUUUUACAGUCACAUGGUACGUCCUGGGGACCUGACAGGCCACAGUGACUUCCAUCUUUUCAAAGAGGGCAUCAAACCCAUGUGGGAGGAUGAUGCCAACAAAAAUGGUGGUAAAUGGAUUAUCCGUCUGCGGAAGGGCUUAGCAUCGCGGUGCUGGGAGAAUCUUAUUCUGGCCAUGUUGGGAGAGCAGUUCAUGGUGGGGGAAGAAAUCUGUGGGGCUGUCGUCUCUGUCCGAUUCCAGGAGGACAUCAUCUCCAUAUGGAACAAGACAGCCAGCGACCAGGCCACGACAGCCCGGAUACGCGACACGUUACGAAGGGUGCUCAACCUACCUCCCAACACCAUCAUGGAAUACAAAACCCACACCGACAGCAUCAAGGCCUGGGAGGAGUUUCAUGGCCUGGUGAACAGCAGUGGCCGCUGAUCGAACGCUCCCCCUCCCUCUGUCACACCCAGGGGAUAAUUCAAGCUUUCGAAACACAAAAAUCACAUUGUGAGAACAAGAGUUGGCACUAAGCUCCUCUCUCCGUGUUGAAAGCACUGAGAGUGGCCUCCAACCUCUGAAGGGACUCAUGGGCCACUCUCGCACUCCUCCCUGGGGGAAGGAUCCACCUGAAGCCCUCCAGCAGCAGCGGUGACAAUAGAGGCCGGUUUUGUCUUACACAAACUUUUUUUUAGCAGCGGGGCGGGAGGCAGCCUUUCAAUUAGCGGCGGGCCCUCGGGGCCGCAUCUUGCAGCACUUUCCUGUCUUUCUCUACAUGGCACGCAGGAUCUCUGGGAUUCUGCCCCAACAUCAGAGCCUUCUGCUGAGGGAUACCAGUAUUAUAAAUCUCUCUGCAGCUGGGAGGAGCAUCCCAGUUGAGAGUCAGCCCUGUGGUUUUCAAAUGCCCCUUUUCAGUUCUGCCAAUAAAUUAUUGGGUCUCUUUG